AUGGCUUUUGGAUUUGGUGGCGGCGCAGGGUCUGCGCAAGCAGAAUCAGGUCCUGAACUGCCUGAAAUAACCACCUCUGAUGUUGGAUUUCUGGGAGUCGACAAGGAUUGCAAUAUUCGUUUUCUUCCAACACCCUGGCCUGCCGACGCCCUUCCUCAACCAACCAGCUCCUUAUUGGCAAUAUCGUCGACGAAUGGGUUAGUGGUAGGUGGUGGUCCAAAUGGACUUGUUGUGUCUACGACAAAGGCUGUUCGCGACGCCAUUUCAACCCCAGUCGAUGGCGGUGUGAAAACAAAACCUUUUGAGCCUCAAGCUCAGAUUGCAUUGCCCAGCCGCCCGACACACGUCGCAUUCUGCGCUGGAGAUAGUGCGCUGGCUGUGUCUACAGAGUCGAAUAACCGGCUUUUCGUCUUCAAUACUACUACUCUUACGCAGGGGAACGCUCAGCCACAACUGUCUAUCGAGACCAACGCAGCGCUUCGCACUUUGGUACCAAACCCGGCCUCAACAGACGAGCAGCUUUCUUCGCUUGCUGCUUUGGUUACGGUAGAUGGCAAUCUUCUGCUUGCUAACCUCAAGACUUCAUCCCUCGUGAAUGGUUCUUCGGGGCCUAUCUUUAGGAGCGGGGUGGCCUCUGUGACUUGGAGUAAUAAAGGAAAGCAGAUGGUAGCUGGCCUUGCAGAUGGUACCUGUGUUCAAUUGGAUCCGCAAGGCCAGGUCAAGGCAGAAAUCCCGCGUCCACCAGCGUUGGAAAGCAAUAAACACGUUUCCUCGUUAUCGUGGCUCGAAAAUAACAUAUUCUUCGCCGUCUAUACGCCAAAUGAAGCACAAGACGAGAAUGGAAUGAUUCCAUCUUCGGAUUUUUUCAUAAUUCAACGACGCCAGAACGCUCCAUUUUUGUUCCAGAAGCUGCCCGAGGUCUGCGCACCAUUCGGACUCAGUCGAGCACCAGCAUACCAUUUCAUUUCCCGGUUUGCCAAUUAUGAGCCUGGCUUGCAGGAUGCUUUGGUCCUUUCGUCCACUGCUGCUACUGAUCUUGGCUUGGUCACACGCGCGAAAACACCACUCAAGGAAGCAGAAGCAAACACUGCAGGCGUAUUCACAUCGACUUCAAUUUUGGACGACGUCAAACAGGCUACACUACCUUUGAACGACGAUGCUACGGACACGUCUACCAUCGGUAUUGGUAUUGACUUGUCCGCUACAGAGAAGGUGACAUAUGAUAUAGAGAGAGAAACGCAAACGCCACAGCCCAACAUAAUGGCUCUAAACAACGAGGGCAUACUCAUGUCGUGGUGGUUCCUCUACAUGAAGGCGGUCGAGGCAGGCACGCCCUAUACUGCCGGUCCGCCGACCCAAAAAGCUCCUGCCCCCCAGGCACCUCCGGCUCAGGGAUUCGGAUCGCCCCAGACCUCACAAUCAGCAUUCGGCCAGCCAGCUUUUGGACAACCCAGCUUUGGCUCUGCAGCCCAGCCCAGUGCAUUUGGAAAACCUUCUCUACCAGGUCCAACUCCUGCCUUUGGCUCUACGUCAACUCUAAGCGCUCCCCGCCAACCCGCCUUUGGGUCACCCUCGGCCCUCGGUGGAGGUACAGCAUUCGGAUCAACAACGCCCAUGAAGCCUCCUGCGCCGUCCUUCGGAAGCCCUUCAUUUGGAAGCACUGGAACGCUAGGGCAACGAGGUCCCCAGAUUGCACAAGGUGGCUUUGGCGGGACAACAACAUCGGGUCCAGCGUUUGGCCAGGCCUCAAGCAUAGGUGGUAAAGGAUUCAGCUCCUUUGCCUCGCCUGGUGCAGCCCAAUCCAAUUUCGCCAUGGGUGCAGCUGCUGGUGCUGGCAGUGGAUUUAGCUCUUUUGCUAGUAGCGGAUUCGGCGGCCUUGGAUCCAAUAAGCCAGCCGAGAGUUCAUUUGGGCAACAAACAACACAGUCUCCAUUUGGGUCUUCUGAGGUUAAGUCCGCUUUUGGCGCUCCCCAGACAACGAUGGAUGCCAAACCUUCUUUUGGACUCCCAUCAGGCGGCUUUGCUCUCGGCUCCAGUUUCAAGCGAGAUGACAAGGCGGCUGAAGAUAACGAACCUGCACAAGCAAAACCAUCUGGUCCUUUCUCUCUAGGUUCAUCAUUUGGCAAUCUCUUGGAUGAAGGCUCUAAUAAGUCUAGUCCAGUCGAGUCAAUGGAUGACGCUGAAGAUGCGGGGCCACAACAACAGCAAAAGCCGCUGUUUGGCCAACCCUUGGCUUUUAACACAGCCCAAAGCUCUGUCACGCCACCUGCUAAGCCGCCUGGCUCUUUGUUUGGUGCCAACCCCCAAUCGACUGCCGCAUCCCAAUUUAACCGUCCUUCACCUUUGUUUGGACACGGGAAUGGAACGACUAGCUCCACAAGCCCUUUGUCCUCGCCUUCGGAAAAAACUGUUGUCCCUAGUAUGUCAUUGGCAAGCGAGUCGAGCAUUGACCAACCCCUUCCUCCGGACGCCACAAGUCGGACCGUCUACGGACCUGGAGAUACAUCAGCCUCGUCGAAUGUUUCCAAAAGCUCAUACGAUGACGCUCCUUUACCACCCGAUCCUGUCCACAACAAACCCACUCCAACUUCCAAGGCCGAAGCGGCACCUCUUCCACCAGAUUUCCUCAAAAAGCCCACGAAGAAGACCACCGAGCCAGAAGAUGCCCCGCUGCCUCCUGAUUUCUUAGCGCCGCCAAAGAAGACAGCAGAAGACGCACCCCUGCCACCCGACUUUCUUCCUAAGCCAAGGAAAAACAAAGAAACUGUCGAAACACCAUCACUGCCCAAAGACGAAUCUACCAUUACGCUUCCAGCCGGGACAGACGGUUCGGAUGGUGAUUUUGAAGAUAGUGGUGAAGAAAUCACCCACGACGUCAGUCCUCCAAGUGAACCAGCAGAGAGUGAGUUCAAGACUUCUCCUGAGAGUUCCUUUGGAGGCCCUUCUUUGAAGAAUUCUACAGGCGGCCUAUUCACCAAAGUAUCGGUGCCCGAAUCCAAGACACAGCCACCAAGCUCUAGACCUUUGUUUGGAGAAAUCUCACAGCAGCCCAGUUUCCUGCCACCCAAGCCUCGAAACGCGGACAGAACCCCUCGCUCGCCCAGUCCUGUUAGACCAGGAUCAAAGAAAGAUUUCCUUCGCCCCGACCCUGUCCGUUCCAUCAGUGCUCCUGGUGGCCCUGGGGGGUUCCGUAAGGCGACCAUUGGACGCCCACCAGCAGCGUCGAGGUUUGAGGAGCCGCUUACUCAAAGUGAUCUCAUUGAGGAAGAAGAAUCUAAAGCAGCAGCGGCCGAAAGCAAGCGACUUGCCUCUGAAACACAAAAUCUGUCCUCUGACGACGAAGAAGAGACACGACGAGCGGAGCUGGCGCAGCCACUUUCUCCAGUGCCAACUCUCGAUCCAUUCAUGCCACGACAAGAGUACACAGGGGAAUCGCUCAAACCCGGUAUUCCGGGGCAAAUUGAACGACUUUAUCGAGAUAUCAACUCCAUGGUCGAUACACUGGGCUUGAAUUCACGGUCUAUUUCGUCAUACCUCCUACACGAGGAGCAGGCUCGUAGCUCCAAUGGUGAUUCUUGGAAAGAGAUUAUGCUUGGUGACACGCCAUUGGAUAUUCUUGAUCAGGAUUUAUCAGUCGCUGACAUUGAGAGCAUUGGCCAACUCCUGGGUUCUCUAGAAGGCAGCCUUGAGGAGCAACGUCUACAGGGAGUGCAAGAGAAAGUAAGCGCAUGCCAACAACUGUUAAGUCACGAUAUGAUAAGCCUCCGUGAUCAGUGCGCUAGUAUUCAGAGGACAUUAGACUCGUAUACGGAUACCGUCUCUAUUCGCUCACAACUCCUAUCAGCGGAGCAGGAGAGUAUGCAACAUGACCUGAGAAAAUCUUGCACGGAAAUCCAGUCAAGGCUGGCAAAUUUUGAAGAGGAGAUAUCUCUCUUACGAGCAAGGAUUGCCGAUUCUUCAGGGUCCACGUCUAGACAUGUGACUAAGAGGCCUACCGUUGAAGCCGUGACAUCUACAAUUUCGACUAUGAUGGGCAUGGCAGAAAGCAAGAGUGGUGAUAUAGAUGUCCUGGAAGCGCAGAUGAAGAAACUGGGCUUGAAUCUCCAGAAGCCAAGCAGCCAUGAAGAUUCGCCAAUUUCGACUCCUGCCAAAAAGAUCAGCUUUCGGGUACCCGAAACCCCUGAUUCUGACGGCCCUCGCAGUUCUUACCACACUCCUGACUCUAGUAGUCGGUUUCGGUCCAGCGUGUCCGGCUCAGCAAGACACAGUCGGCUACGAAGUGUCACUCUUGAACCAGACCUUUCUACCGAAGCCGGCCGCGAACAACGAAAAGCACGCACUCGACGCCGGAAGGAGGUUCUUGGAUACCUAAAAAAUGUCGUUGGGGAAAAGCCGAUCAAGGUGCGGACUAUGGACGACGUGUAA